CCUAGGUGCAUAUAAGUAGUUAAACCCGCCUUCUGGAUUUUGAACCUCAGAGAACUGAAGUUUUGUUUCUGUCUUCCUCUGUCAGCCAUGGCGUCUGCUGAUGUGAGAGCUGAGCUGGACUGCUCCAUCUGUCUGGACACCUAUACAGAUCCUGUAAUGCUGAGAUGUGGACACAACUUCUGCCGGGUCUGUAUUGAUCGUGUACUGGAUACACAGGAAGAGUCUGGGGUUAAUACCUGUCCUGGAUGCAGAGAAGAGUUUCAGGAGUGGCUUGCACUGAUGAGAUGCUUAGCUCUGCGUAACAUUAUAGAGAAUUUAUUGGUUACUCCACAUAAAGAGACGGAAACCGGGAUCUGCUGCACUUGCUGUGUGGACUCUCCUGUACCUGCUGUUAAAUCCUGUCUGAUGUGUGAGGCUUCUCUGUGUGAGAAACACCUGAGAGUUCACAGCAAGUCAUCAGAACACGUCUUAUCUGACCCCAGCACUUCCAUGGAGAACAGGAAAUGUUCUGUCCAUAAGAAGAUCCUGGAGUAUUACUGCCCUCAGGACUCUGAUUGUAUCUGUGUGUUCUGCAGUUUGGCUGGAGAACAUCAGGGACAUCAGUUGGAAAUGCUAGAUGAGGCCUCUAAGAAGAAGAAAGGGAAACUGAGAAAUAUUUUCCAGAAACUGUCCACAAAGCGAGAGGAGACUGAGGGAAGAGUCCAGAACCUGGAGGAACGCUGGAGAAAAUCUCAAGAAAAAGCAUCGGGAGAAGCAGAAAGAGUCACUGCCCUGUUUUCAGACAUCAGGGGAGGACUGGAGGACCUGGAGAAGAGGGUCCUGAGUGAGAUCUCAAGGCAGGAAAAGGAAGAGUCACUCUCAUUCUCUUCUCUGAUCCAGAAACUGGAAAUACAGAAGGACGAGCUGUCCAGGAAGAUGAGACACAUUGAGGAGAUAUGUAACAUUACUGAUCCACUGACUGUGUUACAGGAACCAGACACAGGUGACUUGUGUGAUCCUGAGGAGGCAGGAGGUGAUGACAUACAUAGAUGUCUCCAUGAUGAAGAUGAUCUGCUAUGUGACUGUGAUCUCAUACACAUUACUACAUUAUGUGACAUAAUAACAGAUAUAAGGAGAGGGAUCUAUAUGGAAGGUCCUACAGACAUAUUACUGGAUGUAAACACAGCUGCUAAUAACAUCCUUAUAUCAGAAGAACUGAAAACUGCAACCUGUACACAAAAUAAGCAGAAUCGUCCAGAAAGAGUAGAGAGAUUCCAGGAUUUUCAGGUGAUGAGCAGCAAAAGAUUUACCUCAGGACGACAUUACUGGGAUAUGGAGAUCAGUGGAUCAGGGGGUUGGAUGGUGAGAAUGUGUUAUCCCAGUAUUGACAGGAGGGGAGAUCAGUCAUACAUUGGAAAUAAUAACAAGUCCUGGAGUUUGAUGAGGUAUAGUAAUCAGUAUCUAGUGAUACAUGACGGUAAAGAGAUCCAGUUACCUGACAAGAUCUCCAGUGAAGUCAGGAUAUGUCUGGAUUAUGAGGCCGAGCAGUUGUCCUUUUAUGAGCUGUGUGACCCCAUCAGACACUUACACACCUUCACUGCCACCUUCACCGAGCCCCUUCAUGCUGCAUUAUAUGUAUGGAAAGGUUCUAUAAAGAUAUCAGGGGAAGUAGCAACUAGGAGAAACCAUCAUAACCUAUGA